UUGUAAAUCACGUGAUCCCCGUUCUGUCAACAGCAGUGCACUCAAAUAGAAGACAUAUUUACCUCUGCUCGCCCAAAAAACAGGAAGAUUUGACUUAAAGGUGUGUGUGAUGGAUUCCCGGUCCAGUAGACUGCCCUUCUGUUUGUCAAGCUCCAGACCAUCGUACUCCUCCAGCUCCAGUCGACUCUACAGCACAGACUCCGCCCUGAACAGCGACCGCUUCUCUAGGACCUCCUCCAGCUACAAGACAGACCCAGAACCACAGAGUUCUCGUCUCAGAGAUUAUGGUAGUUCAGACAGCCGCAGUUCAAGCUGGAGGCUGCCCUCUUCCCUAACUAUUUCCACCAGAGCUUAUGAUCGACCCUGGGCUGACUCCUCACUCACCAGCAGAAACAAAGUGAGUGAACCAGAGGGCAGAUUCAGUACACGAUCGUCCCUGCUCAACAAUAUUGUAGACGAUGGAGACUCUAAAAGGGCCAAACUUGCAUCUGUCUACAGCACCAGGGGACUGUAUUCACAAACUGCCAGCACUUCAUUCAGGGGCUCAUCCCUUCCCAGCAGCAGCAGUAGUAGCAGUAGAGUUUCUUCCGACAAAGAAAAUGACUGGAGGUCUUCUCAUUUUCUCCCUCGACAAUCAUCAUCGUCCUCCUCUUCAUCCUCUUCCUCCUCAAAACUCUUCUCCAAAAGAGAGCUAGAGACCAAGACUGAACCCAGUUACUCAGGUUUAGGAGAAAGGAGAACCAGGACGACAGGACUUCCCCCCUCAUUGUAUCAAACAGACAGAGUGACGUCCACAUAUGCACAAGGAGCACGGCCCAAAGAGACCUCCUACACCUCUACCGCCUUCACGUCCCGGAACAGUCGCCAUGUCCCCUCUACCUCUUCCUCCUCCCAUCACCCCUCCAUGGAAAAGGACCUGAGUAGCAGAUAUACAAGUCGUUUCUCUGGGGUCCAAUCUUCCCACAAACCCACACCUCGCCCUGAGCCCACAAAGCCCACUUCAGAUGCCACAAUGAUGUCUUCUUCUCAGAGAUGGUACAGCUCUACUAGAUCCGAAAACUCACUGCCCCCUAGACCUGCCACCGAAGCUCCUGAAAUUGAGGGUCGUAGCUCAACACGGAGACUAUUUUCCCGCUUGUUUUCUAGGCGUUCCAGCCAGGACUCAAGUGGAUCAUCUAGUGUUAGAUCUGUGGAAGAAGACGGCCCAUCCACGGAGUCUGCCGAUAGCGAUGAAACUCCUCCCAUUGUUGACCCUCUACUAUCUGAAUCAGUUACACGCAGACAGCAUAGAGUUAUGUAUAACCCCUUAUGUGAGGGCAACAAUCUUCGUAGCGGUGUGGCGCCAAGGAGGGAGCCUGCUGUUAAUGGUAAUAGCAACACAAAUUCAGCAGAAGGUAGUGGACCAUCCUGGCUUUCUUCGUCUAUCAGAAGUCGUUGUCCUCCUUUGCUUGCCCGUCUAAGGAGAUAUGCUAGAGAGGAGAAUACUGGCUCCGCUACCAGCCCGGAGUAUACAUACAGCCGUCCGCCAUAUCUGAGAAGGAGAGACGACCAAGACGAUGAGGAGGAGGAGGAGGAGGAGGAGGAGGAGAAAGAAGGAGCAGUGGGUGUGAGCAGUUUUGAAUGUUCAAAUGAGGCUGAAGAGGAGGAGGUGCUUCCUGAUUUGGAAGAGGUAUCCCAUGUGACCCGUAGAAGACUUGGACUGUACCAGAACUUUUCCAUGGGACCACUGGGAGGAGAGGAGCAGCUUGAGGACCAAAAAGAGAAGCCCAUCUCCCCCAAGAAUCAAGAGAAGCUGCGCAAGAUCAUGGAGAGACUGCUGAUGGAGGACUCUGAUGAAGAGGAGGGAGACCUGUGUAGGAUCUGUCAGAUGGGAGAGGAGUCAGUGUCUAACCCUCUGAUCCAGCCGUGUCGCUGCACUGGGAGUCUACAGUAUGUGCACCAGGACUGCAUCAAGAGGUGGCUCCGCUCUAAAAUCACCUCAGGUACCAACUUGGAGGGCAUCACCACAUGUGAACUGUGCAAAGACAAGCUGCGUUUGAACCUGGACAAUUUUGACAUUCAGGAGCUGUACAGGUCUCAUGUUCAAUCUGAGUAUGAUGACUUCAUCAGCAGUGGUCUGUACCUCGUGGUGCUGUUGCAUUUCUGUGAGCAGAGGUUCUCUGAUGUUCUGGGAGCUGUGGAUGCUGCCGGGUUAUUCAACCUGGUGAGAAUCCUUCAUGAACACAUGGACACUCUUGAAAACAGGGAAGGUGGGAGACAGGAAACUCGGCCAUCUAUUGAGUUUUCUGACCUGGAUGACGAUUUGGAGGAAUACUGAGAAAAUGGAAACGGGAAGUUGGAUACAGUUGGGUACAGAGUGUUUUGGCACACACUUUGACCUGAUAUGCAGUGGCCGAAGAUGACGCCAGGUGCACACAACAUGCCUUUGCUGCUGCUGGCUUUUGCUUUAUAUGCAAACUAUAAAACAUGGGUGUGGUUGAUUGAAACUGCUGUAUUAUUUGAGUGCACUUUAUUCAGUUCUAAUUAAGUAUAAAUGCAAACUUUUAAUUGUUAAACCACAAGUGCUUUAAGCUAAUAAAUUAUGUUAUGUGACAGACUUUUAA